AACUUUUAGAAAACCCUAAACCCAAAUUUACAUAGUGAAAAAGAUAAUCCUUUUUGGUCACUCCCUUUCUUCUUGUUACAAAUGACGCUGUAAAUGAAUUAUUUUUAGUUAAAUAAUUUGCAUAAUGAGUUGUUUUAUCAUGUGGGUUUGUGGGUUUCUUGAAUUUUGUGAGCAUUUUAUUUACAAUGUUGAAGUUGUACAUGAAUUAUUUUUAGUGAAAGAAUUUGCUGACUGAAUUGUUUUAUCAUGUGGGUUUGUGGGUUUCUUGAAUUUUGUGAGCAUUUUAUUUACAAUGUUGAAGUUGUACAUGAAUUAUUUUUAGUGAAAGAAUUUGCUGACUGAAUUGUUUUAUCAUGUGGGUUUUGUGGGGCUUUUCUUUCUUCUUCACAAAGAAAAAUGAAAAACGAACUAAAUCUGAUAUUUAAGUGGAGAAGGUCAGAGGGCGGACCCUUUAUCCCCGAGUAUCAAAGGCUGCGGGUUGGCCCAGAUAGAUUUCUCUAUCAUGAAAAAAAGAAAGAUGAAGAAACUGUAGCUGUCAAUUUUAGUUGAAGUUUUUUGAAAUUAUGAGCAUUUCAUUACAAUGUUGAAGAAUUAAUGGUACGUACUCGACUAUUGUUUGAUCACUGUUAUGUACAGUGUGAUAUCUAAGAGUUCAUUUUGUGUAGCCAGUAGCUACACUGAAACAGAGGCAGAUGUAGUGCAUAAGUUACGGGUUCAUCCGAACCCAGUAACUCUCGCUCAUGUUAAAAGUUUUAUUAAAUAAGUAUGAGCUAUAGAUUUUGAAUCCAGUAAAUUGAAGGGGUUUCGGUAGAAUUCCUAACUUGAAACCAUAAAGUUCAAAUCCUGAAUCCGCCUUUGCAUUGAAGGCGGGGAGUGAAAAAGGCAACUGAAGAAGAAAAUUAAAUGUUCACAAAAGAUAGUCUUAACCAUUACACAUCCAGAAUGUAUGAAAAGAUAGUUUAUAGUAGGGAGAAGUUCUUUGGGCAUGAGCUGUCAGGUGGAAAACUCAAAAUGCUAAAUCAAAUUAGUUGAAUCAAAAGAAAAUGAAUAAAAUUGGACUAAACGUAAAAAAAACUUGAACUUUAAUUUAAAAGUGGGCUGAAUUUGAAGCGUAACAUCCAACAGACACGAACAACUCUGGAAGUCAUGUGUGCCAUACAUAAUAAGAAUUUGAUCAUUGCCUCACACUAGAGAAGGGUUUGGAUUUUGGGGUGGGGAUUGACUCUUUGCUAUCUUUAUAAAUCCUAAUAUUUUCUUAGCGAAAAUGCAUAAUUAGGAAGAUAUCUUUAGAAUGCUGGACCUUGAAUUUUGUCAGAUGACCUUUGUCUUGUAAGUUGGUUUCUACUUUUCUCACAUAUGUAAUAUAGAGCAUCUUGAAGUGUCUGCUAGAUAUGGACGUUGAAAACCUAGGCGUAUCAAAGUUGAAUUUAUAUGUUUUGUUCUUAUAUGGAACAAUAUAACGGGGUUCUUGUUGUUUGAAGUUUCAAAAAUAAAUGAUGCGAGAACAUAUGCUCUUAUUAAAGCUUCUUCUCGUGCAUUUGCCGCUAAAAAUGAUGUGUUUUAGUUUAUAACAUCCAUAAUUGCUUCAUGACCAAAUAGUUCAAGCAUGUACAACAAGAAACGUCCUUUUAAAGUUGCCCUUUUUGGGGAAAAUAACUUGAAUUACUUAGGUUUUCUGAAGUGACCUUAGUUUUUCUAUCACUAUGAACUUUAUAGCAUUCACAAUCUACGGUAUGAUGCUUGAAGGCUUUGUUGCGUACUGUUAAUGGUAUUGAUAAACAAGUGGGCCAGCCAGUCCGUCUGGUAAUUGAUUCUGUAUUCAAGGAGGUUGUAAGCAACAUAUGUCGUCAGAUACUGCAAAAGAAAAUGCAUCUGUAGUUGAUUCUUCAGUGACUGAAUGGAAAAAUGAAAGAGGGAAUAUGGAUGAACCAGAUACUCCAAGCUACAGAGCAAAUGAGGAUACAUGUCGUUCUAGAGCAGAAGAGCGCACAAAUUCAUGUCAGCAGAUUGGAAUUUCAGGUGCAAUUGGAAAUGGUAAAUUCUAUGGCAUAAGAUAUUUCAUAAUCAAGAGUUUGAACCAUGAAAAUAUCCAGUUAUCAGUAAACAGAGGGAUUUGGGCAACUCAAGUCAUGAAUGAGCCAAUUCUGGAUGAAGCAUUUAAUAAUUCCAGCAAGGUGAUACUAAUAUUUAGUGUCAACAUGAGUGGCUUCUUUCAAGGGUACGCCGAAAUGAUUUCUACUGUUGGUUGGAGAAGAGACCAAGUUUGGAGUCAAGGAAAUGGUGGACGUAAUCCUUGGGGUCGCAGCUUCAAAGUAAAAUGGCUGCGAUUGUAUGAUCUGCCUUUCCAAAGAACUCUUCACCUUAAGAAUCCAUGGAAUGACUACAAACCAGUCAAAAUUAGUAGAGAUUGCCAGGAGUUACCUCCAGAUAUUGGUGAAGCUUUAUGUGAGCUCCUUGAUGGACAAGAUGCGUUGGAUGUUAAUUUGAAAAUGGAUAGAUUUGCAAGGAAUGAUCUCUCUUUUAAAAGACCAUAUGUAGAGCCUACAGUUCAUCCUCUGGGUGGAGAGUGUAAUGCAUCUCUACAUAUGGGGUCCAUGCUUUAUCCCUCCUUUCUCUACCAACAUCAAGUUAAUGGUAAUGGACUGCACGUAGCACCUCAAAGAAUAAAUGGUGUAUUUGCUGCGGAGGAGUCAGUCAUUGCAUCAGGGGAAGAAUCGAAGUCGAAACAAUCAAGGCAUUCACAGAGAAACGAAGGCCUUGCUAAUCUUCAUAUAGACCCUGACGUGGGUCCUCGAAUCAACAUGUGGGGUAUGUCAGCAGAAAGGAGCCCACUUGCGAGUAAUUUGACUGAAGAUGACAUUCUUGAAAUGACGUAUGAAGAGUAUCUUGAAGCUCAUAGCAGAGGAAGCAAAAGAUCACACCACCCUGUUUCAGGACCAUUGCGAAGUACACAAAGGUCAUUAGGCAGUGAAGAAAAUUGUGAUGAUUCUCGGGUUGCAGUUCAAAGAAAAGGAGAAGUCACUGAAUCUAAAUCCGCUAAGUGGUAACGUUGAUCUUCAUGGGAAGCAGGCAGUGAUUGAUAUUCUUGUAUUGUUGCAUUCGUCGCGAAGUGGUGGCUUUUGCAAAAUUGUUCAGUUUUUUUUUUGUAAAACUUAAAACUUAGGAGCACAUAUUGCUAUGAUGUUGUAUUAUAUCUGUACUGUAUUAUAUGGCCCUCUUGUCACCCUCCUCCUUCCCCUCCUGCAUUUGAAUGGAAACUUUUACUGUCAAUGCAAACUUGUACAGGAAAAUUAGCAGUUUUUUUAUACUAUUUAUUCGUAAUUUUUUU